AUGUACUCCCGUACCACCACUUGGUUAAGCAGAAGCUGCCGGUACCUUCUCCGCACCCCCAUUCGCCAGAAUUCGCCCUUUUCGAUUACUGCACGCUCCUUCGCGGCUAUCAACGCAGCAAUGGCGGACGCAACGUCAAGUGUGACACCAGAGCUACUGAAGAGUAAACUGGUUGAACAACUUCAGGCACAGGUUGUGGAGAUUGAGGAUUUGUCUGGUGGCUGCGGACAGGCUUUCCAGGCGAUUAUUGUUUCUCCGCAGUUUGAGAAGAAGAACAUGCUUGCGCGCCAUCGGUUGGUGAACUCGGUCUUGAAGUCUGAGAUUGCUGCUAUCCACGCCUGGACACCCAAGUGUUACACCCCCGAGCAAUGGCAGGCCCUGCAGCAAGGAAGCGCUUGA